UUAUGAUCCCAUUAAAAAAGGAUUCCUCUUCCAAGUUCAGUCUGUUUGCUGCCAUAUCCAUUGCAGCAUACGAAACCUAUGGUAGGUUACUAUAACCACUACAUAAAAUACCGUCAAUGCGCAAUUAUGACAACAUCGCUUAACUUUCUUUACCAAAACCAGGCGAAUCUCCCUAAUCUCCGACGCCUGUUCGUCGAGGCCCGCACCGAGGCCGAAGAGAACGAGCACUCCAGAACUGCGGUAUGCAUUCCUCGAGCGCUCUCAAUGCCAAUAAAAAGGAUCGGAACUUCAGACUCAUGGAUUCUUUAUACAGUUCUACAAUCUUGUCCUCUUUAUCUCUUCGGUCGCUGUCUUCAGCUUGGUGGCUCAACGAAUGGGCGGAACGAAGUCGGGAAAAUGAACAAUGAACGCAACGGAAAUGCCAGUGGUAUCUCAUACAGCUCAUACUCUUAAACACCUUGAUAAUCCAGAGCCUGCCCUGGAAAAAG